GUGCACCGCACCGCGCCCGCCUGUUCCCCCCGCUACGCGACUGCGAAGCGAACACCGCGCCGCGCCGCGCCGCGCGCGUCCGCGUCAUUGAACAACAAGACUCGCUUGAUGGCAGGCGUCUUCCUGCCAAUAUGAAAAAAAGAGUUUUAAGCAACUGUAUCACAAAGUACGCGAUAGUGGAAUUUAUAUGUUAUCUUUAUUUUUUAAAUAAUUUAUUUUUAUAGUGUUACAUAUUUGCAAUGAAAAACAUAUUUUUAUUUAUUAGUGAAUGAUAGUCAAAUUAUUGUAAAAUCACGUUACGGCUGUCGUAAUCUCCGUAUAGUGCCCUGUGAUUGUUUCAUUUUAAGUGCUAAAAGCUUCAACAAAACAAAACUGUAAAUGUCAGUGUCAUUGUGGAUUUGUAAUCAAGUUCACCCGUGAUCGAGUGAUCGAUUUGUGACUCAACGAAAGUGUCAUCAAAAUCCCUGCUAGAGGGACUUAACUAUCUGUCAUCCAUAGGUGGAAACCCUACAAGAAUAAUUGUGGACGACACUGAUUCAAAUAUGUGUUGUGAUUUGCAGAUGCUCUCGGUACAAGUGCCGGGGUGCGCGGGCAUGGAGAGGCUGGGCGCGCCGGGGGGGCCGCGCCUACGGCACGAUCACAGGCAUCACCAUUCCACAUUGGAAUGGGAAAAGCAGCAGAGGCUGCAGGCCAUGGUGGGGCGGAUCCAAGAAAUGGUGGAGCAGGAGUCACGCGCGCGGUCUGCUGCCGCCGCCGAACGGCUCGGCCUACCGCCCAGCAUACAGCUGCCCGACGGAGAGUACGGACAAGAUGCACACUUGCAGUUGCGGGCACCUUAUCAGCAAGACGAGCUGACGAGAAGCAGCGUUCAGCCUCCACCAAACAAAUGCGUGAGCGACGUCCCGGAGUGGGCGGGCGCGGCAGACGCGCCGCCGACACGGCGCGGCGCGGGCGGCGGCAGCGCGGGCAAGAAGGACGGGCUGCUACAGAAGGCCACGCGGUGGAUGGUGCGCAUGGGCGCGCGGCCGCCGCCGCCGUUCUUGCCGGCCAGCGGGCCGCCGCCCUGCGUCAUGGUGCCGCGGCGCGCCGCGCCCAGCCCGCCGCCCGACGCGUGACGCCGCCGCGCCGCACCACCCCUCUACCAUAUCACGCUUACAUUCCAUUAUCGGGACGAUCAGACUCGCCGGAGUGCACGCGCGUCCCGGAGUAUUAUAGACUUGGUAUUUAUUUAUUUGGGACUGGCCGUGGGCCGGGCAGGCUUAGGCGCGGCGCCGGCCUCGCGCCGCGGGGCGCGCACCCUGUGAUAUGUGCGAAGGGUCGUGUAGUGACAGUGCGGACGCUGCGGACCACACGCCGGACGACUCGGCAGUGAGGAAGGACCGGGGAAGCGCGGGCGUGAACACCGCCGCCACGCCAAGAGCGUCGCUAGUCUUGAUACUUUAAUCGGUUUAGACCUAGAGGUAAUUGUUUCUAUUGAAAUAUGGAAGAAGACGAGGUUUCACUGCCCGCUAGUUGUUUUGUAGGUGUGUAUGGCGUUGCAAGUGUGCGUCCGUGUUCCUCGCGCCGUCUUUGAGUUUCGCAAAAAACUAAGACUGAAAUAAAAUAAAAAAGAUAUAACACUAUAAAGUCUACAUUGAAGUAUGUUGUCUUAGGUAAAAUUAAUUCAAAUAGAAACAAUUAAAGUAUAUAAUAUUUAAUGAAUCUUUCGAUUGUAACCUUCGAUGAUAUUGUAUAUUAUGAAAAAGGUCAGUCGAUUAUGAGCUGAUGUCUUGCAGUGUACAGUUUCAUGUUUAAGUAACCUAUUUUUAAAGUUAAUUUCUAUCCAGCAGCUAUUAAUCUGUGUUUAAACAACUUUUAUAUUUAUUUGUAACAAUAUAAAAGAAUGCAUAUCAGUACAAUAACGGCAAGGAUUAUUAAUUUACAAAGCAUAGUUUCUAUUUUAUUGUAAAUAUUGUCUCUAAUUUAAUAUUAGAAUAAUUAUGGCCGAACGCCGAAAUCCGAAGGUCUUUUCAAUUGAGUGUUUGCUACAUUCCAUAUUUAUGUUGAAAUAUACCUAAUUGUCAAGCUAUUGACCUUAGACUCCGCUUCCACCAGUGCCGCCACGCUGACAAUAACUGACCACAGAGUGAUGUUGACAGCACAUGAAUAGUAAUCUCAUUAGCGAAUAGACACUGUUUCGAAUGAAACACAUUGGUUGAAUUAGUUUUAAAUUAGAUAUUUAUUAUUUUUUUUAACGUAAGAUCGGUGGCACAUAUCUUGCAUCACGACACUGUCAUAUCAUUUGAGAAAUAUCGAAUGUGUUGUUCGUGUCGAAAAUUAACAAGCCCGCGAGAUGUGUGCUACCGAGUUUUUUAAUGUUGUCUUAUUUUGGUUUUUAGCCGCGUUUAGAUGCUCAUUAUAAUAUAAUUGUAUUUAGUGUCUAAUAAUGAAAAUUUGCUAUAUACGUUGAAUAAAUCUAGAAUCUCGAAUAUCUGUAUAAAAUAAAAGUGUGAUAUGCAAAUGGCCAAAAGACCCAGUAGUGCCUAGACGCGGCUAAUUAUGCUCAACACGACUGAAUACGCCAUUCAUUGUUAAAAAUAUUUAAAUGAAUAAAUAAAUGUGUCCAUUGCGAAUGUUAAAAUAAUAUCUUUUAUAAACCCACAAAAUUUACACAGAAUCAUUUGUUAAUUUGUGCACGAAUCUGUUUGGCAGAUAGUUCCAUUGUCUUAGUACGAAUUCGACGAAUAUAUUAUACACACGAAUAGACAAUUUGUUUAAUAUAAUAACAAAAUAAAUCUUCUGGUUCUGAAGACAAUGUAAUUAAUUAUAUUGUUCUUAAAAUUUGCAAAUAUUUAGUUUGUGUUUUACAAUUGACUAUCUGUCCCUCUACUUAAUGAGAAUUUACAUAAUGUCCAUUUCUAAUGUUGUUGUUGUUAGAUUUAAUGCCUUUCAUACACUAUAAAUACAUUUAAUGGACAAAUGCAAUAUUUUUUUCGAUUUAAUUCUUGACUAAAAGUAUGUGAUAAGUAAGGUAGAUUUCUCAAUGUGUAAUUUCAUCAAUUUUAAGGCGGCAUAGUCAAUCACCGUUAAUUCUGCAUCACUUAAUCGUGGCAACUAAUUAAAUGUCAUAUUUUCUUAAACAAUUUAGUGUAAAAAGAAUGGUAAUAAAAAAAUUAGGUUUAUAUCAGAACAAGGCCGCCGUAACAUUAUGUAACAUAGAUAAUUAAAAAAUUAAUCUUCCUUCUACCAUUGAGAAAUAUACCUACAACUCAAUUUUUCGCCAAGAGGUGCUUGAUUUUAACAAAUAAGAAUGUCCGCUUCUAGUACCUUAUAAAUAUAGUCUUCGAAAUUGAGAAUUGACAUCAGACAUUGAAUUGUACAAAACCUGACAAAAUAUAAAAGUUGUUUAAAAUAGCAUCACAGAAUAGAUAUUUAAUCUAGAUAUCAAACAAUAUUCCAUUUGUCAUAUUAAUAAGUAAAGCAGAAGCCAAUGUUUAAUGAUAAAAGAAAACUGCAUUAAAUUAUGACC